CGAAAAUUUCCUACGGCACCCAAAUCCAUCCUCUUUGAGUAAGCAGUAGCACUCUCUCUUUUACCACUGCCUCUACCACUACGGUCAGCGUUCUUACUAUCGCUUCCCACACCAAUACCAUUAUCAAGCAACAACGGUACACACACAGCUAGAAGCAGCAGGAUCAUUCCAGGAUCAUGACGAAACAGUCUUCAACACUCGCUCGUCUAUUGCUCUUACUCGCGCUGUGGUGCGAUCCCACGUACGGUCAGAACGACUGUGCUCUGUCCUUUUGGUUGUUCCCUUCACAGCAGGACUGUCGACUCCGCUCGGGCGAUCCGUCCGCCAUCGAAACCUUCGUUGCCGACGACGUUUGUCGUGUGAUGAGUAACCCAUCUCCAUUCUUGUUGGGGCGCUACACGGCGAGUUGCGUCUCCUCGGACACCGUGCGGAUAUCGCAGUCCGGCUGUACCCGAUCGGACUGUUCGAGCACGUCAGGUGGCAGCGUUUGCGAUCGCGACCUCACCAGCGUUUCCUCCUUUUACUCGCUUCUCAGUACGCCUGAGUACAACGUUCAGGACCCCGCGACACAAUCCGGAACUUACCAGUGCUUUACGCUUCGCGGAGAUUCGGAAGCCGUGACCUUCGCCAUUUUUGGAGAUUGCGGCGCGUGUUUAGGGGACGGAGGCGAACCCAUGGAAUCGUCACCAUCCCUCGCCCCCGUGGUCAUGCCCGUAGUCAUGCCGACCAAUCCACCAACACCGACAGGACAAGCGUCGGUGGCCCCCGUAGGCAUGCCGACGCCUCGCCCGACGGCAGUUCCCGUAGCCAACCCAGUGAGUGCCCCCAUCAACACUCCCAGUUCAAGCCCUGUCGGGACCAUGCCAGAUCCAACGAUGGCACCUUUCGGGAUGACCCCGCGACCGACGGCUUCACCGGUCGCAUCACCCACGCGAGCUCCGACGUUCGCCGAAACGGAAGAACCGACGGAAGAUGACACACCGGUCGGCAUGUCGAUUCCGCCGACAGGUACAACCCUACCACCGACCGGAUCGACACCACCGCCAUCCGUUGGUGGGAUGAAUACAUCGGCACCUCCGACCUCGAGUGUUUCGAUCCCCGACACUCCUACAGAGAUUCCAAAUAUGACUGUUUCAACUCCACCGGUCGCGACUACUCCCACUCCAUUACCUACCCCUCAAGGAACCAGCAGCGACUUGGUCGGACUUGUCAUGCUGUUGACCAAUACGAACGGCGUCCUGGGGGAAAGCUCCACGAUAGCCUGGGAAUCCGCCACUGCUGCUCACAUCACCAACACGCUUGCGAGAGAGGCCCCCCUCUCCAAGGCCACGGUGGAGGUUGAUGUUGUUAGCCAAACCCGAAUGUCGCCCAACUCGUCGCUCAACGGUGUCCGUCGAGUCCAAGAAGUCGACGAAUUACGGCCACUUCGGGUGGCCUUUGACGUCGUGGUCCGAUUUCUCGCAACGACUUCGGCGCCCAACGACGCUGAAGCCGCUACUUUGUUGGGGGAAGCCUUUAAUAGCCAAGAAGAUCGGGAGCUCUACAUAAAUAGACUUAGGGCUACCGAUAAUACUGCGUUUGAGUCUUUGGACAGAAUACAAGUUCUUGUGGAUGGUUUCACUCCCGCGGAGGAAGGAUUUCAAGGAAGUAAUGACAGUGGUGGUUCAAGUAUGGGUAUUAUCAUUGGGGCGGCCGUCGGCGGUAUCGCGAUUCUCGUGAUAGCGGCACUGGCAGCAUUCUUCGUCUUUCGCAAUCGCGACAAUCAGAACGACCGCGUCAAUAAGAGACUCUCGGACGACGACGAGCACAUGCAAAAUGACGCGCGAGAGCUUUACUCACCGCCCACAGAAUCGGCCUCGCCCUUAGGCGCUGCCAACGAAAUUUCCGUGGACCGGCAAGACGACGUCAGUACACUAGGGGAUUCCAUCUUGGCCGGCAUGGCGGUAUUGCAGGACGGCGAAGAUGAAAGGACGGCCAGCAUUGAUGGUGGCUACGACUACGCACAAGAGCAAUUUCGUGGCGACGGACCCUUGUCGGUCUCACGCGGUGAAAACUCCACAAUGCUGUCGUCAUACCCAAGCGUAGGACAAAUGGGAGGGCCUUCUCUUAUCGAGGACGACGCCUCGUUUGAAGAACUGUACGGGGACGUCGAUGAUACAUCGCACCCAGAUCGCUUCGAAGUCGAUGUGCCACCCGGAAAACUCGGCAUGGUAGUGGAUACGCCCAAUUAUGGAAUCCCACAGGUACACGCAAUUAAAGAAGAUAGUGUUUUGGUCGGGCGCGUAAAAGUCGGCGACCGACUAAUGCACGUGGACUUGAUCGAUGUGACUCGAAUGUCUGCCAUUGAAGUGUCAAACUUGAUCCAUAAAAAAUCGAAGAGUGCCCGGGUGCUCGGGUUUGCCCGAAAAGCAUCGCCAUCGAACGAUCCGUAUGCGCUAUCGUAGAACCUGAGGUUGCGCUAUGCCUGACUUGUUGACACGAUCUUUCUCGGUUCUCUUCAAGACAACAACUUUGGAUCUGGAAUCCGUACACUGUUUUCUUCUGUUUUACACUAUAUGCCCCCGACUCCAAUAAAUCCAUUCGCUUUCUAACUUGUUCGCGCUGCUACUGGCGCGAAAGCGAACAUCAUCGUACAAAAUAAUGUUAAUUCACACUUCUCCGCCACACAUUCUUUAUAUCUGUCCUCUUGUGAAUCCAAUGCAGGGACAAGCCUUAUGGUUCCAGGAAAUAUACAUCAAAGCCUAGUUACGGCACAUUCCUCCGGACGACUGAGCUUUUCUUUGAACCCUGUAGUCUAUAGAAAUGAUUUCGCUUGAGCCAGAAAAUGGGACAAGUUUUGUGAACGCAACACGCGUUCGUUUGGAGGUACUCAAUGCCGCGCAUAGCAACCUGAAAUCCUUUUCACUCGUCUUUCUUGCCUUCAAUGGAUGUCACCGUCGUUCUCUAUAGUCGGAAAGUUGUAGGACUUAUGGCAACAAUUUUAUUGCAAGCACAGUUAGCGUCAGCUAGCGAUGAAGAAGGCAUCCCAAGAAGUCUUUUCCUUUGGACAACAACUAUCAAGAAAACAAUGAACAAUGCAGAUCAGAAUCAUUAACUGUAAUAGCGAUAAACUUGAAUUAGGCAACGUCGUCAUUUGCUGUCCCUGGAAUAAAAAAAAGGAAUUUGGAUCGCCCAAAUCACAAAUCGUA